GCUUUCCCAGCGGGAACGGUGGAAUGACGGAAGCACGAUGCUCAGGUACAACACUGCAUUUAUGCAACAUGAUAUUCCAAUCGAAAUGGAAAAUCAGUAUUUUAAUGCAGUUUUGUUUAUUUUUCAGGGCGCUCAGCGACCUGCACAUGACCAGGCUGACCGGGAAUGACAAGAAUCUGAAAGCAAAGCUUUUGUUUUCGGUGAAGAGAUGCAUUGAAACUCUCCACCCUGAUUUCUUGGGAGACCAUCAGCAGGUUCACGAGAUAAACAUGUUGUGAUAAACAUGUAUGAUUUUUAGACAUGCAUUUGAUGUUUUCCUCCAUGCUUUCUUUUCUCAGGACGCACAUGAGUUCCUGAUGGUUUGCUUGGCCCGUCUUAAAGAAGAGGGCGAGCUUCUGCAGAGCUCCUGGCCUCAGUACACCUGUCCUGUAGCUAACAUGGAGUUCCUGCUCAAGCGCCGGCGCACCUGCGACAGCUGCGGCUUCCAGAGUAGCUUCACAGAGGAGUCCAACUACCUCUCUCUAGUCAUCGGUCCUCAAGGGUGCCUCGUCGACAGCCUGCAGCAGUACUUUAAAGUCAGUGACAUCACUGAUGACAUCACACCAGCAGGAGGAUGCAGAUUCUGAAUGUGUCUGAUGUCUGUGUGGUUUGUUUUCUCCAGACGUCUUCAUUUGAAUGCUCCUGCAGCGAAUGUGCCGGCCGUGAGGCAUCGGAGGCAUUGGAGCUAAUCAGUCUGCCGCGGUACAACAC